AUGUGGAGCGAGAAGGAAGGAACCGAAAUUAGAAAUUAGAAAACAUUGGGAAAAGAAAAAGAGAGAGAGAAUCGCUUGGUAUAGAAGCCAUUGAAGCUCAAGGGCCUCUCUUCUUCGUCUUCUUCUUCUUCAUUUGUAUGUAUAGAAAGAGAAACAUUUAGAGAGAGAGAGAGAGAGAGAGAGAGGCUUCUUGGCUUUUUGGUUAGCUGUAUUGAUAACCAAAAAGGCAGGCCAUAUGUCAGAUUCAAGCAGCGAUUCCGUUUCCGUCGAUGUUGAGACCAUCUAUCUUGGCGGAAAGGAGCAUAUCAUAAGGACUGACUGUGGUUCUGUGUCCGUUAUAGUUUAUGGAGACCAAGAGAAGCCAGCACUGAUCACUUAUCCUGAUCUAGCUCUAAAUCAUAUGUCAUGUUUCCAAGGACUGUUCUUCUGUCCGGAAGCAGCUUCUCUGCUGCUCCACAAUUUUUGCAUUUACCACAUUAGUCCUCCUGGGCAUGAGUUGGGAGCUGCAGCAAUUUGUUCAGAGAAUCCUAUACCAUCUGUGGAUGAUUUAACAGAUCAGAUAGUUGAGGUUCUUAACUACUUUGGGCUUGGAGCAGUGAUGUGUAUGGGAGUAAUUGCUGGUGCUUACAUACUCAGCUUAUUUGCUAUAAAGCAUAGGGAGCGUGUUCUUGGUUUGAUUCUUGUUUCCCCUCUAUGCAGAGCACCUUCUUGGACUGAAUGGUUUUACAAUAAGGUCAUGUCAAAUUUACUAUACUUCUACGGGAUGUGUGGUGUUCUGAAAGAGUUCUUGCUGCACCGCUACUUCAGCAAGGAAGUUCGUGGAUCUCCAGAUGUUCCGGAAUCAGAUAUAGUUCAAGCAUGCAGAAGGUUGCUAGAUGAGAGGCAGAGCAUGAAUAUUUGGCGUUUUCUUCAAGCCAUUGACGGGAGACCUGAUAUCACGGAUGGAUUGAAAACACUAAAAUGUCGAACCCUCAUAUUUGUCGGGGAUGAUUCUCCUUUCCAUUCGGAGGCUCUCCACAUGACUGCUAAAUUAGAUCGAAGAUUCAGUGCCCUAGUUGAGGUACAAGUGUGUGGAUCAAUGGUGACAGAAGAGCAGCCACAUGCUAUGUUAAUACCAAUUGAGUAUUUCCUCAUGGGGUAUGGACUAUACAGACCAAAUCAGUUCAGUUGCAGUCCUAGAAGUCCUCUCACUCCAUCUUGCAUUGCUCCUGAGCUUCUCUCUCCAGAAAGCAUGGGUUUAAAACUGAAACCUAUCAAGACUCGGAUAGCAGCAUCCCCACUGCACAAAAAUAAUACUUAAUUCUAUGUAAAAUGUAAAACCCAUAUAUAGUUUUCAUUUCUGGUUUUUUUUUUUUUUUUUU